AUGAGUUUGCUUGUUGUAUUUCAAGACGAUCUAAAAUUGAGCCAUCCACCAGUUACUUUAAGAAGUACUAAAGUUUGCCAUGAAAUGACUUUAACCAAAAGACUCAGGCAAUUCUUCCGCUUAUCUGGUAAGUUACAAGUUAAAGCUAAUAUUCAGAAUAUGAGUCUUUUAAAUGUAAACGACUUCAGCCGCCAAUAUAAACAAACGGAGAACAAAUUAAUUAUGUCACACUUUUCAUAUUUUGUCUAA